AUGGAGGUGGGACGAGGCCAGUGGCGAGGGCCAGCUGGAGAGUGCCGCAGGGGGGAGCGCCGUGAGGGCGGCCGGGCGGCGGGGGGCGGCGUACAGGCGGCUGGGGGCGGCGUACAGGCGGCUGGGGGCGGCAUACGGGCGGCUGGGAGCGGCGUACGGGCGGCUGGGGGCGGCGGCCGGCGGGGUGGCGGCCAGGCAGCGUCGGUGAGGCGGCGGGGGCCGGGGUCUGCUUCUGGAGGCGGCGACACCGGCGAAGGGGCAGCUGCCGGAAGAUUGGCCCGUAGCCGACCGCGUCGCCUUGGCCAGGUGGUUGGAGGAUAG